AAGGAAAGAAAUACAAAUUAAAUAGAAAAGAGUGAAAACUUCGACGAAUACAUGAAGGAAUUGGGUGUCGGUAUGGUUCUACGCAAAAUGGGUAACAGUGUCAGCCCCACCGUUGAACUGAAGAAGGAUGGUGAUAAUUACUCUUUCACCACUACCUCAACCUUUAAGACAACUACGGUCAACUUCAAGCUGGGCGAGGAAUUCGAUGAAGAGACACUUGAUGGUCGCAAAGUGAAGAGCGUCUUCACUCUGGAUGGCAACAAAUUGGUGCAAGAACAGAAGGGUGACAAACCACCGACCAUUAUUCGUGAAUUCACUGACUCCUAGUGACUACUCUCACCC